AUGCCUUCGAUUGUUCUCCCUCCUCCUGUCAACGACGACGAUGUGAAUGAUAGUGGUGGUUCCUCUAUGAUAAAAAAAGAAAUUAUUUCAUCAUCUCCAUCAUCCGCCUACUGGCGUAUAAUCUUAUCACCAUUAUCAUGGUAUCAUUGUUUUAUAUUAAUUUAUCAUACGAAAGCACGCAAUCGAAAAGAUUUAUUAAGGUAUCGUAGUCUAUUAAUAUUACAAAUUUUAUUAUUAACUAUAUGGUGUUAUUUAUAUUGGAUGAUUGUAUUUGAUAGUGGAUAUUAUUUAACAUUAUUAGGACAAGUUAGUACAAAAAAAUUAAAUGUGAACGAUGCACGAAUAGAAUAUGAUCAUUUAAUAUGGAAGACAUGUUUGAGAACAUUAUUUAUAUCAAUUGUAUUUGGACUAAUUAAUACAAUUAGUUGUUCAUUAGCUGCAUUAUGGAGACAACGAUUAGGUGAUCAAAUGUAUUAUUUAUUAUUCAAAGGUUUUAAUAAUGGUAAUCUUAUAUACUAUACAUCAUUAUCAUCAUUAUCAUAUGAUUUACCACAACGUUUAACAAAUGAAAUAUAUUUAUUUACAACAAAUUUAUGUAUAACAUUAUUUGGUUGUUUACUAUUUUCUGGUACAAUAGUUAUAAUUACAAUGAUUAUUGUCUUUAGUAUUUGGAUUAUACAUGUAACACAAGGUGAUAAAAAUGGUAUUUUAAUAUGUUUGAUAAUAUUUAGUUUAUGUGUAUUAAUGAUAAUUAUUAUCAGUCAAAAAUUUAAUCAUUUUACAGUUCAAAUGGAAAUAGCAAAAGGAAAAUUAAGAUCAUUUUUACAGGUAAGCAACUAA